AUGGUCAACGACCUCAAUGGGGCAAUCCGAAAGCUUGAUGGACUUAGGGUUGCUCUUGUUGAUGCCAGACCACUUGUUGACCCAUCCGAGGACCUGCUGGUGCCAAACGAGAGAGUUCUCUGGCUUGGUGACCCAAUGGGUCUCAUCGGGGAAGUUAAGGAAACGGCUGGGAACACCCUUCUCCUGGAGGACGUUGAAGAGACCGACACCCUCAGCAACGGAGAGACGGAAGUCGAAGUCGUUGUGGACGACGAGCUGAGGGGUGGACCACUUAGCGACGAGCUCUGGCUUAGAGCAAUCCCAGCGGUCAUAGUUCUGGCGAGCCUCGAAGAAGGUUCCGUUGAACUAGAGAUAAUGGUUAGCAGGGGAUGUUUUAGUUUUCAUGGAGUGAAUACUUACGUCGUGUUCAAUGAAGAAGAGCUCGUCAGUUCCGAUCUUGGAGGAUCCAACGAAGGUACCGUCAUGGGAGACGAGGGCCUUGAACUUGCGUCCGAGGUCUUGUCCCUGGAUCCAGUUGACCAUGAAACCACCGAAGGAGGCACCGGCAGCAAUACCGUUGUCAGUGUCAAUGUACUUGAUGUGGUCGUGGACGUGUUCCCAGAUCUUGACAAGAUCCUUGUAUGGAGCACCACCCCAGUCGUUGGUGAUGUCGUCGGUCAGCUUCUGGCCGAAACCAGUGCUACCAGUUGGGUUAGGAGCAACGACAACGUAUCCCUGGUCAGCCCAGACGCGUGGGUUCCAGCGGGUGCUCCAGUUGUCACCCCAGGAGCCCUGAGGACCACCGUGGAUGAGGAAAGCAAGUGGGUAGACCUUGUUCUUAUCGAAACCGGUUGGCUUGACGAUCCAAGAGUGGAUCUUGGUGCGAGCACCAUCGACCCAGAGAGGCUCAAUAUCGUUGGGACCAAGACCCUUGAGCUCAGGAUCAUGCUCGUUGGCAUAGAAGAGCUUGCGGUUAGGGCGGUCGGGAGUAGCAACCUGGUAGAGAGCGUUGGACCAGAGAGAGUUACCGCUGAUGAGGACAGAUUUGGAGCUGCCGAUGAAGUAAAAAGAGCUGACGGAACCGUCGUGCUUGACAACAGCAGGCUUGUGGUUGUCGCGAGCAUCAGCGGGGAGGGUGAAGAGCUUUCCGGUAGCGUGGUCCUCAGCAGUGACGUAGAGGGUGCGGCCAUCAGAAGACCACUUGACAGCCUCGGGAGAACGGUCCCAGUUGCUGGCAAUGCGCUGAACUGGCUUGUUAGUGCCAACCUCAGCAAUGUGGAUGACACGGCGGUCAGACUCGUAGUUCUUAGCUGCCAUCUGGAGGUAGGCAAUUCUCUUGCCAUCUGGAGAGAAGACUGGGCUGGAGGAAGCACCCUCAAUGCCCUGUGGAGUGCGAGGACCAUUGCGCUUGUUAAUGGGCUCAGCGACGCGGGAACCAUCGUGUGGAACGAGGAAGAUGUAAGAGGUGGUGAGGUUGGCCUUUGGAAGCUCUGGGGCCUUGCUCAUGAAGGCGACGGUCUUGCCAUCAGAGGAGAGAUCGUAGUCACCAGAGCCGCCGAAUGGUGGGUAAGGAGACUCAGCGUACUUGACGGGUUGAACGAGGUUCUUGAGCUUGCCAUCGAAGCUGUACUUGUCUCCGCUCUUGGUGAGAGUACCAGAGAAGACGGCAUUGAACUGAGUCCCAACAUAGGUAUCCCAGUGGCGAACGAAAAGACUGUCGUAGAUGCGAGCAGAGCUGACAGCCUCCUUAGCGGCGGCCUCAUUGUAGAGGUCACCCUUAGUUGUGGAUUGACCGUAACCAACGAAGUUGAUCUUGUCUCCGGACUUGGCAAGCUUGAGGCCAGAGAACGCUCCGUUGACGGAACCGGCCUUGUAGCUGUUGCAAUUGUAAGUACUUGA